GACAUCUGUCGCCACCAAGACCAGAAGAAGAGACAGGACCAUGUGGCUGUUCCCUGCUCUGCUCCUCUUCCUCCCAGGCUGCUCUGCUGCUCUUCAUAAAAUCACAGGCCCAUACAUGGCGAGGAGUCGGGAGCGGGGCACCUUGACUGUGCUGUGCCAUUAUGACUCACACUGGAAGGGUUACAAGAAAUACUGGUGCCGAGGAGCUGAUAUAAAUACAUGUGAGAUUCUCGUCCAAACUUAUAAAUCCGAGAAGUUGAAGAAGAAGAACCGUGUGUCCAUCAGGGAUGACCAGACAGACUUCAUCGUCACAGUGACCAUGGAGGACCUGAGGACAAGUGAUGCUGGCAUUUACUGGUGUGGGAUCGAGAGAACAGGAUAUGAUCACGGGUUUAAAGUCGACGUGAAGAUUGAUCCAGCCCCAGAAAUUACUACUGUAAUAAUGACAACCAUGGCCCCAGUUCUGACAUCCACCCCAUCAACCACGGAGAUCUUUGGCAUCCAAGGAGAGACUAAAACCAGCGCCCUCACCUGGUCCCUGCUGAGCAACAUCUACUUCCUGCUCCUGGUCUUUCUGGAGUUGCCCCUACUCCUGAGCAUGCUCAGUGCGGUCCUCUGGGUGAACCGGCCUCAGAGAUGCUGUGGGGGAGGUGAAGUUGGCCUGGCAAAGGUCCAGAGUUCUGAUGGUGGAGCGUGGCAAGAGCAACUCUGUGUUUCUGUGUCUCUGUCUGUUCAUGUGGCCAGACAGCUGUGGCAGGGAGCAGACAUUUCCAGCUGGGAUGUGAGAAGUCCUAACUCUGACUUCUUCAUGACUCCCUGUCCUGAUGACAGCCAUGUCGUCCCUGAAGGAGCAGAAGCCCAUAAGACAUCGACCAUAAAUCUAGGAGCGCGCCCUUCUGCUUUCUUUGGCUUGGGUGGAAACAGGAGACAUAGAGCUGAAGAAAUGGUCCCAAGAGUGAUGGCAGUAUGGCUGCCUUCAGCCCUGCUCCUCCUGGGGGCCCCAGGCUGUGUCCCUCUUCGUGGCCCCAGCUCUGUGAUAGGCACUGUGGGGGAAUCCCUGAGUGUGGAGUGUCAUUAUGAGGAGAGAUACAAGGCUCAGAACAAAUACUGGUGCAGAGUGUCACUGCUGCUAUGCAAAGGUAUUGUCAAGACGGGAGCCUCAAAUGAAGCUAGGAAAGGCCGAGUGUCCAUCAGGGACCAUCCAGCCACGCUCACCUUCACAGUGACCUUGGAGAACCUCACCCUGGAAGAUGCAGGCACCUACAUGUGUAGUGUGGAUAUACCAUUUACCAAUGGCUCCUGGUGGGAGAUCACUCCCUCCUUGGGGAUUAAUUCUUCUUUCAAAGUGGUGGUGUCUGUGGUCCCAGGCUCUGAUCCUAAGAGCAGAACAAACACCCUGGAGUCCCCGACAGCUUCACCUGGGCACACUCAGGCCAGCGUGGCCACAGAGGGCACAACUCCUGGUCCCAGCCCACACCCUCGGUCCCUACUCAACAGCAUCUACUUCCAGCUCCUGGUCUUUCUGGAGGUGCCCCUGCUCCUGGGCAUGCUCGGUGCCGUCCUCUGGGUGAACAGGCCUCUGAGGUGCUCUGGGGAGAAUCGGCAUUGUCCCGAUUAUGAGAACUGGUGACGUCUGUUGACAGCGAAAUCCUGUCCCUGUCAUCACACACAGUCCUCUGGUGGCAGAGGACAAUCUGUGCUUCUGAGAACGCUGGGACUUUUAGAAGAUUCUUUGUGCUGAAUGAAACACCUAAACAUGUGCCCAGUAAACACACAGACAUUUUAAUAGCGUGUCUGUACUUUCUCUUUAUAAUUUCACGCAUGUACAACAUGCCCUCAGGCCUGUGUCCCCUCCCCCUCCAUGGUCCAUCCCCCUCCUUUCCAUUUUUCUUUUUCUUUUGGUAUCC